AAGAAAACGUAUUUCUGAGAUUCAAUUUCAAAAUCUCCUAAAUAAAAAGGUUUUAGAAAUGGUUAAAAAUUUGCUAGCUUGAGGUAACUGACAUUUUGAAUAACAGCGGUAUCAAGCGUCAUCCAAUGAGAUUCGUUUUCAGAAGAAGUUCAGCCAAUGGCAAUGUAACUUUUACUUAGCCAAUCACAGCAAAGCGCGGCCAGGAUAAAAACGUAACUUUAUUUAUGUUCAGAAGUUUAUUUCGAUAAUCGAAUCGUACUGAGAAAAUGGCCCGUACCAAGCAAACUGCCCGUAAGUCAACCGGAGGAAAAGCUCCCCGUAAACAACUUGCCACCAAGGCAGCACGUAAAAGUGCCCCAGCAACUGGUGGAGUCAAGAAGCCUCAUCGUUACAGGCCCGGUACCGUCGCUCUUCGUGAGAUCCGUCGUUACCAGAAAUCAACAGAGCUGUUGAUCCGCAAGCUUCCCUUCCAGCGUCUUGUCCGUGAGAUCGCUCAGGACUUCAAGACAGAUCUCCGAUUCCAGAGCUCAGCUGUCAUGGCCCUUCAGGAGGCUAGCGAAGCUUACUUGGUCGGUCUGUUCGAAGACACCAACUUGUGCGCCAUUCACGCCAAGAGAGUCACCAUCAUGCCCAAGGACAUUCAGCUUGCCCGCCGAAUCCGUGGAGAGAGAGCUUAAACUACUCUCACAAAACUUAAACAACGGCUCUUUUAGGAGCCACCACAUGAUAUUAAAGUCAAACCAAAUGCUUAGAAAUGAAAAUCUAAUACCCAGUCAAAUAACACCUUUCUGUCCUUAUUAUUUCUUCCCUCAAGACAUCCAAUUUUUCUCUUGAACUCCAUGCGAUUUUUUAGAGCUUGAAAAGUCCUUUUCAACAGUCGUUUUAGGACCAACCACUAAUAAGAAUAAACUCAAAACCAUUUUAAUGCCUCACAACAAGUAUAGAACCCUAGAAACUUAUUUAGCCAGCACCUUUAUGUUCAUGUAACGCAUCAUGACAUGAGGUUACAAAGACUAACAAUACGGUCAUAUACCAUAAAUCUUCCUUCUCGUUUGUGUAAACUACUGACACUGGCAAUAACUCAAACAUCAAGACUUGGAUCACUUCUAACAUUGUUUUCCAAACUCUUACUAAAGAUUUCACUAAUGAGUUUCAUCCUUGCCGAUCCUUGCCUACCCUGGGUGCCCUAAAGACACUAUUCCUUCGUGUUUACUGAAUAAACCAUGAUGUGCCAAACUUAUUUUUAAAUCUUUCUUCGUGCAAACUACUGACUCUGGCAAUAACAACUCAAACAUAAAGACUAAGA